CCGGGCGAAUGGCAAACUGUUAGGUGACGUGUUUGGCCGUGCAAACUGCUGAGCUAUAGGACAAAUAUUUAUAAAACACGAUGCAAACACGUCUUGUUUUGCUGCUGCUAGCUCUGGCCCCGGUCGUCCUGGCCAAGAAGUUCAAGGAGGAGGAGAAACCGGCGUGGGCAAAGAAAGAUAUACGCGACUACAGCGAGGCGGACCUCGAGCGUCUGCUAGACCAAUGGGAGGAAGAUGAAGAGCCCCUCGAGGAUGAUGAGCUGCCCGAGCACCUGCGCCCCCAGCCCAAACUGGACCUGAGCAAUCUGGACAGCAAGAGCCCCGAGGAUCUGCUCAAGGUAUCCAAAAAAGGGCGCACGCUGAUGACCUUCGUUUCGGUGACCGGCAAUCCAACCCGUGAGGAGAGCGACACCAUCACCAAGCUGUGGCAGACCAGUCUCUGGAACAACCACAUUCAGGCGGAGCGCUACAUGGUCGACGAUAACCGCGCCAUAUUCCUCUUCAAGGAUGGCACACAAGCCUGGGACGCCAAGGACUUCCUCAUCGAACAGGAACGCUGCAAGGGCGUAACCAUCGAGAACAAGGAGUACCCGGGGGUGAAUGCCAAGAAGGACGAACUGUAGGCCAGUUCCACGGCACACCAGCACAUCAAAACAUUCUCACUAUUUAAGCUCAAAGUUGAACAAAUUAAAAUAAAACAAAUUCAUCAAAGAA